AUGGCGACCAAUGUCGUUGCACCGCAGACUCUCUCGCCGAGAGUGCGCAUACGCUCGCUGUCAUUCGACUCGCCAUCCGAGCACGCGGGCGAGCCGUCCAUGGAGGGGUGUCCAUUGACCAAGUCGCCCGGCUCGCAGCUGAAGAGACUCCCAAGCUACGAUGCAAUGGACGGCGGAGUUACACUUGGAGUGUGCCGAUCGACCGAUGUUCUGCCGCCAUUGAAUACCAAGAUGAGCGACGAGUCUCUGCUCUCGGACACACUAAGCUUUUCGUCGUCGCCCUGUACGACGUCCUCCAUCACGACGUCGCCGAGCAGCUCUGGCAGCAGUUCAGACGCAGACUCGGACUCGGACUCAGAUUCAGAUCCAGAUUCAGACACUGAUACUCCAUUGCCGCCGAGCACUCCGUUCGAGGAAUCCCAGCACCGACAACGACCCCAUCCUUUGACCUUUUCACAGAACAGCACCACGACUACGACCACGACUACUACUGCCACUACCACCACCAUCACUACAACCCCUUCACCCACCGACAUGGCGCCCAGCCCAAUAUCCCCCUUCCUCUACCAAGACACCAGCUGUCCCAUGUACUCGCCCUGGCUCGUCUGCGCCGUCCUCGACAUGCACGACGUGCGCCGCCUGGACUGGAUGUGCAUUGCGGAGCCGAUUGAGCGCAUCUGGGGCGUACGCACCACCAGCGCUGAUGUCCUGGGUAUCCUGAGUGACAAUGGCCGGGUAAAUCGGCGUCGGUGGUGGGAUUGA